AUGAUGGUCGUCGCUAGGGUUGAACCGCUGUUUGUGACCAGCAUUCUGUUCACCACUCUGUCAUUUCUAGUAGUAGCUUUACGGUUCUACUCUCGUUUCUUCGUCCUUCACUAUGCGGGUGUUGACGACUACCUCAUGAUUGGAUCGCUGUGCGCUUCAAUUGGAUUCAUGAUAGUUGUGGUACAUCAAAUAGAAUUCGGUCUAGGAACACACUUCGAAUCGAUACCACCAGAGCUGCGAAUGAGGUUCUUCCAGUCACUAUGGGCGACGAUUCCUGUCUACAACCUGUCGCUUGUCUUGUGCAAGCUCUCGAUCAUUUUUCAAUACAAGCGCGUAUUCGGCACGACGAUGAUACAGAGAACCUGUAAUAUCAUGAUCGGUGUUCUUGCAGUGUAUGGGUGUUGGACAGUCAUUGGUUCCGCUCUUAUGUGCAUUCCAGUACAGUUCUUCUGGGGUGUCGGGGAGGGAGUAUGCAUGAACCGUCUUGCAUUCUGGUUCUCUAAUGCGGCGCUCAACAUCGCUAGCGACAUCUUCAUAUUCGCGAUUCCCGUGCCUUUGAUCCGGAAGUUGCAGGUAUCAAACACACAAAAGCUCAUCUUGUUGGUGGUCUUUGCGUUCGGAUUAUUCGUUUGUGUAACGUCUAUUGUGAGAUUGAAGUCUUUGUUAACAAUAUCUGUCUCUAACGACUCAUCUUUUGAUGGUGUGGAUAUCGCUGUAUGGAGUGGCAUCGAAAUCAAUGUUGCCAUCAUCUGCGCCUCAGUCCCCGCCUUAAAGCCUUUAGUAAACUCGCUCUUCCCCAAACUCCUUGGCUCUACUCCCCGCAGCAAAGGGCAAUCCAGGAGUGGCUACACGAAUCAGAAUGAUAGCCAUCACAUGAAAAGUUUGCAAUCUCGAGUCAGAAAGGAGACCGUGAUAGAGCAAACAUUUGAGCUCCGUGAAGACCUCGAAGGAAGGCUCAGUAAUAGCGGAAGUGAAAGAGAGCUGGUUGCUUGGUCGGCCUCAUCAGGCCCUGGCAAUAGAAAGGGAGAAGAAGCUAAGAGCCGUGAAAUGGUAUGA